UCGCGGCGAUGGAGGCGGCGGGAGGCGGCGAGGACCCUCCCGGUGGGACCCUCGUGGUGGAGGCGGCGGGAGAGGCCGGUCUCCCCCCGGGCAGCCCCUCCCCCUGCGACCCCCCCCCUGCAGGUGGGACCCCCCCCAGGGCCGGGGGAGCCCCCCCAGAUGAGGAGGAGCAGGGGGGGGCUCCGGAUGGGGAGGGGGCUCAAGGGACCCCCCCCAAGGGGCUGCCAGGCCACGCCACCAAAUCCCUGCCGGGCUCCCCGGGCCGAGCCGCCAUUCUGGGGGGGGGUCUCCCCCUCCCCUCCCCCUCCCCAAAUCCCCCCCCCAGCCGGGCCAAAAUGUCCCUGACCGGGGCUGGGGGGGGCAAAACCCCCCCUGGGCAGAGCCUGGCCCUGCGCCUGCUCAGCCUGCCGGGGGGGGGAGGGGCUGCAGGGGGGCGACCCCCGCCCCAGGACCCCCCCCAGACCCCCCCGGAGCCCCCCAAAGACCCCCCGGACCCCCCCAAAAUUCACCGAGCCCGCAAGACCAUGGCCAAGCCCAGCAACGGACAGGUGCCCGAGAAGCCGCGGAUGUCGGAGAUGCUGCACUUCAGGGUGUCCGAGGAGCUCUGCGGGAUGGGGCAGCACGACCCCCCCAAACGCCCCAAGUUGGAUUUUGGCUCCGAGGGGCUCCACAAGCGGCUGCAGCGACCGAGCCCCCGCGCCAGCACCGAGAUCACGGUGACGGAGGAGAUGGCGGCGCCCCCCCGGGACUGGGACUCGGAGGGGGGAGGGGGCUUCUCCCUCUUCUACGACGGGUUCAGCGUGGAUGGGCACGGGGACUCGGACAGCAAGUCCGAGGGGGAGGGGCCGGGAGAGGCCCUGAGCGAGGAGGAGGAGGAGGAGGAGGAGGAGGAAGAGGAGGAGGAUGAAGAGGAAGAGGAGGAGGAAGAGGAGGAGGAGGAGGAGGAUGAAGAGUCCGGGAACGCCUCGGAUCGGAGCGCGUCCAGCGCCCGACGCCGCGCCCGGCGCCGCUGGAAGGAAAGUCCCUGGCUCAAACCCUCCAGGAAGAGGAAGAGGAAGGAACCCCGGGGCAAGGACAGAGGACCCCCAGGACCCCCCCCCAGCGAAUACACCGAGGUGCCCCUGGGCUGCCUGCAGCUGCCGGGGGGAGGGGCCCUGAGCCCCCAGCCCCCAGGCCCGGCGGAGGCCGAGCGUUUCGAGGAGCUGCCGCUGUGCUCGUGUCGCAUGGAGGCGCCCAAGGUGGAGAGGGGCAGCGACCGCGGGCUGUGCAUGGCCACCGAGAGCGUGGACGGGCAGCUCUCAGGGUGUGGCAGCAGCAUCCUGAAGCGCGAGACCAUGCGCCCCUCGAGCCGCGUGCCCCUCAUGGUUCUGUGCGAGAGCCACCGAGCGCGGAUGGUCAAGCACCAGUGCUGUCCUGGCUGUGGUCACUUCUGCACCGCUGGGACAUUCCUGGAGUGCCACCCCGACGUGCGCAUCGGUCACCGGUUCCACCGCGCCUGCGUCUCGCGCCUCGGGGGUCUCAUUUUCUGUCCCCACUGCGGCGAGGACGCGUCCGAGGCUCAGGAGGUGACCCUGCCCCGCGCCGAGGGGACGCCGGUGCCACCAAACCCGCCCCGGGCCAGAGGGGGGCGGCUCGAGGCCAACACGCCCAGUGCCCGGAUGCGGGGGCAGGGCGAGGGCCGGGCCCCUCCCCCCGACCCCCGGGCCGAGCCCAUCGACAGCUCGGGGGGGCCCGUGCUGGCCCUGCCCUCGGGGGGGGCCCUGAGCGCCCGGGGGCUGCCCCCAGGCCCGGCCAGGGACAGCCUGGAGAAGGCUCUGCUGGGCCAGGAGGCCGAGAGGAGGAAGAAGCUCCGUUUCCACCCUCGGCAGCUUUACCUGAGCGUCAAACAGGGGGAGCUGGGCAGGGUCAUCCUGAUGUUGUUGGACAACCUGGACCCGAAUUUCCAGAGCGACGCCCAGAGCAAGCGCUCGGCUCUGCACGCGGCCGCGCAGAAGGGACACCUGGAGAUCUGUCACCUGCUGCUGCAGGCCGGAGCCAACAUCAACGCGGUGGACAAGCAGCGCCGGACGCCGCUGAUGGAGGCCGUGGCCAACGACCAGCUGGAGGCGGCGCGGUACCUGCUGCGCCGCGGGGGCUGCGUCUACAGCAAGGAGGAGGACGGCUCCACCUGCCUGCACCACGCGGCCAAAAACGGGAACCUGGAGAUGGUGGAGCUGCUGCUGAGCACCGGGCAGGUGGACGUUAAUGCACAGGACAACGGGGGCUGGACCCCGAUCAUCUGGGCGGCCGAGCACAAACACAUCGAGGUCAUUCGGCGCCUCCUGACCCGCGGGGCCGACGUCACCCUGACCGACAACGAGGAGAACAUCUGCCUGCACUGGGCGUCGUUCACGGGCAGCGCCGAGAUCGCCGAGGUUCUGCUGAACGCUCAGUGCGACCUGCACGCGGUGAACUUCCACGGGGACACCCCCCUGCACAUUGCUGCCAGGGAGAGCUACCACGACUGUGUCAGCCUGUUCCUGUCCCGAGGGGCUGACCCUGAUGUCCGGAACAAGGAGGGCGAUUCCCCGCUGGACCUGACCCCCGAGCGCUCCGAGGUCUGGGUGGCUCUGCAGCUCAACAGGAAAUUGAGGCUGGGGGCUGCAGGCAGGGCCCUGCACACCGAGCGCAUCGUCAGCAGGGACGUGGCCCGAGGCCAUGAGAACGUUCCCAUCCCGUGCGUGAACGGCGUGGACGAGGAGCCGUGUCCCCAGGAUUACAAAUACAUCGCUGAGAACUGCGAGACAUCCACCAUGAACAUCGACCACAACAUCACCCACCUGCAGCACUGCACCUGCCAGGACGAUUGCUCCUCCUCCAACUGCCUCUGUGGGCAGCUCAGCAUCCGCUGCUGGUACGACAAGGACGGGCGGCUGCUGCAGGAGUUCAAUAAAAUCGAGCCCCCCCUGAUCUUCGAGUGCAACCAGGCCUGCAGCUGCUGGAGGAGCUGCAAGAACAGGGUGGUGCAGAGCGGCAUCAAGGUCCGGCUGCAGCUCUACAGAACGGCCAAGAUGGGCUGGGGGGUUCGGGCCCUGCAGGCCAUUCCCCCAGGGACCUUCAUCUGCGAGUGAGGACCCCAAAAUAUCCUAAAAUCACC